GACGAGGACGACGACGAUGACGAUGAAGGUGCGGAUGACCGUGUGCUGCUGCCCCGCAGCACCAGUCGUGCGGCAGUCAAGAAGGGCACUGAGUGCCCCUACCUGGACACCAUCUCCCGCCAGAAUUUGGACUUCGAUUUUGAGAAGUGCUGCUCGGUGACUCUCAGUCCGGUCAACGUGUACGUGUGCCUGGUGUGUGGGAAGUACUUCCAGGGUCGCGGUCUGAACACCCACGCCUACACGCACUCGCUGGAGUCCGCUCACCACAUGUUCAUGAAGCUGGAUAACGGCAAGGUGUAUUGCCUGCCGGACAACUACGAGGUACUGGAUAAGUCGUUGGACGACAUUCGCCACGUGCGGGACCCCCUGUUCCGUACGGAGGAGAUUGCCAGUCUGGACAACAGUAGCAGUAUUAGUAGGCUGCUCUCGUACAUGCCGGGGUUGGUGGGGCUCAACAACAUGAAGAACAACGACUACAUCAACGUCAUCAUGCAGAUCUGCGCCCGCAUCACUCCGCUCAGGGACUUCUUCCUGGACCCCGCGAACUACUCGGACUGCCGCAGCCCCCUGGUGCAGCGGUUUGGAGAGCUGCUGCGGAAGAUGUGGAACACCAGGAACUUCAAAGGCCAGGUCUCCCCGCACGAGUUCGUACAGGCGGUACGGAACGCUUCCAAGAAGCGAUUUACGGCCGAUACGCAGUGCGACCCCGUGGAGCUCUGGUCCUGGCUGCUCAACAAUCUGCAUCUGGACCUGACGAGGGGCAAGCCCAAGAAGCCGUCCAUCAUAACGCAGUGCCUGCAGGGGGAGCUGGAGGUGACCACGCUGGCGGGUACGGGUAGGGGCACCCGGGCGGCCACGAGUGGGGAGGACGUCACCGAGCGAGUGCCCUUCCUUCUGCUGGGACUGGAGCUGCCGCCGGCCCCCCUGUUCAAGGACGUGCUAGAGAAGAACAUCAUCCCGCAGGUGCCUAUCUUCCACAUCAUGCGCAAAUUUGACGGCGAGACCAUCACCGACGACAUCCGGGCCGGCCGCCGCCGCUUCCGCAUUACCCGCCUGCCUCGCUACCUGGCCCUCCACUACCGCCGGUUUACCAAGAACAACUUCUUCAUUGAGAAGAACCCCACCCUGGUCAAUUUCCCCGUCAAGUCUCUGGAGCUACGGGACAUAUUGCCGCUGCCGGAGUUCCCCGCUGCAGCAGGCGGUGCGGCGGCAGGCGCACCGGACGCAGCCGCGUACGGCAGCUCGUCCAAGUACGACCUGGUAGCUAACCUGGUCCAUGACGGCAAGGCCGACAGCGGCACCUACCGGGUUCACGUCCACCGCAAAGUAGAGGACAUCUGGUACGAGGUGCAGGACCUGGCGGUGCAGGACAUCCUACCACAGAUGGUGGCGCUAUCAGAGGCGUACUUUCAAGUCUUCGAA